GAUAAUCGGAACUUUUUAUCGGAAACGUAACUGGACUUCGAGUUAUCGAUAGAUCGUGGUUCGCUCCUAACCUCGACCGUUUGAUAAAACAUGGCGGUAGCUGUUGGAGGCUGGCUACUAAAUAGUUUCUCUUCAACCUACAAACAUGCGAUAAACUAUAAUUUUCUCCCAAUCAGUUUUUUACAAACACGGAAUUAUGCCGCUAGAAAAGGUACUAGAGAAAAAGCGAGGAAGAAAAAAGUCAAAGUGGUUAUUGAGAAAGUGGGCUUUAUUCCGCAUAACUUGAGAGCGGCGCAAGCUGCAGCUAAGAAGAAGAAGGCCUUGGUUUUAAACGAUAUCAUAGACGAUGAUAGUAAAAAGACAGAAGCUAUAGAUAAUAUAUGGAUUAUAAAGGACCACAAAUGGAAAAUAUAUUCAUUCGAAGAAGCUGUACAGGCUCAUCGUGAAAUAUAUCAUCCCACUAUCUAUAACUCGCCAAAUGCUUUCUUAAAAGCAUUCGUAGAAUUAGAUAUGCAGGGUAUGAAAAAAACGAAAUUUGUCGAUAAUUUCACGAAAAUAGCGUGUAUACCAAAUGGAUUCGAACAUGGCCAAGUCAGGAAGAUAUUGGCAUUUUGCAAGAGUCCUGAAACGCAAGAUAUUGCAAAAAAUGCUGGCGCACAUUUGUACGGUGGUAAAGAUUUAAUAAAACAGAUUCAGCAAGGAAAGCUCUCAAUCAAGGAGUAUGAUAUCAUUGUAUCAGAACCAAGUCUAUUACCUGAUUUGCUGCUAAUUAGAGGAAUCAUGAAGAAAAAAUUUCCUAAUUCUAAAUUUGGUACUUUGGGUACUGAUAUGAAUAUGCUCGUAACGAAAUUUGUGAACGGUGUGAAGUACACAGCAAAGCAGCAUGAAAUGCAGAAAUCUUACGGCACCACAGAUGUCAUAAUCGGGACGCUUAAUAUGGAUGUAAAGCAAUUAGAAGAAAAUCUCGUUGCCAUUAUCAACGACAUUAACGAUGCAAAGCCACGUCGACCAGGACCUUUCAUCACAAGAGUUCGUCUUACGAGCCCACUCACGUCGGAAAUGUUCAAGAUUGAAUUUGAACAGUAUCUACCGAAAGAUAGCGUAGCCAUAGAAGGAGAAGAAGAAGAAGAAAAGGACGAUACGCCAGAUGUUGUCAUUGCAUCUCACUAAUUGCUUAUAGAGACACCAAUGAAAUAAAAAUUAGUUAAAUAUA